GCACGGGUUAAUUUUUGGACGGCAGGCUCCACCAAUCGGUGGUCGCCACUCCGCCACGGCCACGCCCACUCCCUCUGCUCUGACACAUCCCGGUGUUUUGGACGGAACUGGUUCUUCCACGGCGGACACGAACGCUUUUCCACGCAUAAAGUCAACACUUUGUGGAAGGGACGCAGGGGGCUUUUGUUGUUCUUUUUUUUUUUGUUUGUUUUAUUGCGUGGAAAUGUUUGCGCCGGGUGGAAGCUUCCGCGCAAUGUGACCUCAGCUCACCGGCGUCCCCUCGUCGACUUUCAAUCUCGGCACGGAGUGUGGCUGUUGUUAUUCGUCACCCUACUGUCUCAACCCCUUUAAAAAAAAGCCCAAUUUGAGGAGCUCAGACUUUUUGGGUGUCUUGCUCUCUCUGGACCUCCUGCGAGUACAUGAAUGUUUUGACUUAAAGACGUGACCGGGACCAGAAGAGAACACCACAUACCUCCACGAGUGGGUUGGGCCUCACGAUGGGGGGAUCCAAAAGUAAGCCCAAGGAGUCCGGUCCACGCACCAUCAGCCUCGAUGCCAACCUCAGCUCUGGGGCAGGGGCUGGCGGGCACCACUUGAACUCUGCUCAGCAGUCCUUAACUCCCAGUCGGAGCGCCACUGUGGAGGGAGGCCUCGCCGGCAACCAUUCCAUGAGUAAUAAGCCCGAACUGGCCCUGUUUGGCGGCGUGGACAACAGUAGCCAUAACUCCUCAAGUAGACUCACACUAGCAGGAGGCGUAACAACCUUCGUGGCAUUGUAUGACUACGAGUCUCGAACAGCCUCUGAUUUGUCAUUCAGAAAGGGAGAACGCCUCCAGAUAGUCAACAACACAGAGGGUGAUUGGUGGCUGGCACGCUCCUUGACCACCGGAGAGAGCGGAUAUAUUCCCAGCAAUUAUGUGGCUCCGUCCGACUCCAUCCAAGCAGAAGAUCAUCUCAGACUGACUGCAGAGUCCAGGUGGUUCUUUGGCAAGAUCACCCGCCGUGACUCAGAGAGACUGCUGCUCAGCUUGGAGAACAGAAGAGGAACAUUCCUGGUGAGAGAGAGCGAGACCACCAAAGGUGCCUAUUGUUUGUCUGUGCUGGACUACGACAACACCAAGGGGCUGAAUGUGAAACACUACAAGAUCAGGAAGUUGGACAGCGGCGGCUUUUACAUCACAUCUCGCACGCAGUUUAGCGCUCUGCAGCAGCUUGUCAAUCACUAUCGCAAACAUGCUGACGGGCUGUGUCACAGUCUUACCGACAUCUGUCCAGUUCUGAAGCCUCAGACUCAGGGCUUAGCCAAGGAUGCCUGGGAGAUCCCCAGAGAGUCUCUUCGUCUGGAUCUCAAGCUCGGACAGGGCUGCUUUGGAGAAGUUUGGAUGGGUACGUGGAAUGGUACAACCCGUGUGGCAAUCAAGACUCUGAAACCUGGCACCAUGUCCCCGGAAGCCUUCCUGGAGGAGGCCCAGGUCAUGAAGAAGCUGAGGCAUGAAAAGCUGGUUCAACUAUACGCCGUGGUGUCGGAGGAGCCCAUCUACAUCGUCACUGAGUACAUGGGAAAAGGUAGUUUACUGGAUUUCCUCAAAGGUGAAAUGGGCAAAAUGCUCCGCCUCCCUCAGCUGGUGGACAUGGCAUCACAGAUUGCUUCGGGGAUGGCUUACGUGGAGAGGAUGAACUACGUGCACAGAGACCUGAGAGCUGCCAACAUCCUGGUGGGAGAUAACCUGGUUUGUAAAGUGGCAGAUUUCGGCCUGGCUCGCCUCAUCGAGGAUAACGAAUACACAGCCAGACAAGGAGCCAAGUUCCCCAUCAAGUGGACAGCUCCCGAGGCAGCUCACUACGGACGCUUCACCAUUAAAUCUGACGUAUGGUCAUUCGGGAUCCUGCUGACCGAACUGGCAACCAAAGGGAGGGUGCCGUAUCCAGGUAUGGUGAACCGGGAGGUUCUGGACCAGGUGGAGCGCGGUUACAGGAUGCCGUGCCCGGCAGAGUGCCCGGAAUCUAUGCAUGAGUUGAUGCUGACCUGCUGGAGGAGAGAGCCCGAGGAGAGGCCUACUUUCGAGUAUCUGCAAGGUUUCCUAGAGGAUUACUUCACCUCCACUGAGCCUCAGUACCAGCCUGGGGAGAACUUGUGAGGAAGUUGACAUCAUUACAGACAUCAAAGUGGGAUCAAAGGUGACAAGAGGCAACAUUUCAAUCCAAUCAACGGGACCUUCCAGUCUUGUACAAAGCGAAGAACACAGUCCUCCAAAAGAGGGCUUCUACUGUGCUCUUUUCUCAUACACCUUUGUUUUUUGUGUUACCUCAGAAAUUUGCCCUCUUUAAGAAUACCGGCAAUGUUCAUGCAAAAAUAAACAUUGGUGUAAAGUGGCACGAUUUUUUUUUCCCCCUCCAUUAGCUGUUAAACGUCGACUUGUCUUCCAUUUUUAUCCUGAUAAUCAAACCGCCAUCGUCUGGGAUGAGUUCAGCUGCAAACCGUUUGGUUUCUUUUAAGAUGUACUUUUAUGUGGACUGGAGGCAGGUUCGUUGUCAAAUCAAUUGUGACAAAACAAAUGGCUACUGAUUUUGUUCAUCUCAGGAUGGAAAAGAGCAGAAUUUUGCUGCCAAAAUGUUUGCGCCAGUGAUAUUUUUCUACUCCCGUCCCGUCCACUGUGCAGAGGUACUCUUCUUAUAUGGCUUCACUGUACCGAUUUCACGCAUUUGAAUUAAAAGCAGGCAAAUCUUU